AUGGACAACAUCGACGAGGAUUAUGACCGGCUCGUUGAACACCUUCACGACUGCACGAAGAAGGCUGAGAGUUUUAAAACCACAAAGAGACGCCUCUCUCUUGAAACGCUUGAACUGAUACGCCAGCGUGGAGCAGCACGAGCCGCAGAGAACCAAGAACUCACGUCCGAGCUCGCAAGGCUUUGCAGAGAGGCGAUAAAGGAAGACCUUAAAGAGAGAAGAGCAGAAGUGCUGGCUGAAGCUGCAGAGGCGGGGAAAAGCAUCCACUAUGCCCGUCGAGGCUUCGCCAGUCACAAGUCGAGGAUGACUGCUCUCCGGAACCCAAAGGGAACAGCCAUUGCAUCGAGAAGGGGGAUGGAGAAAAUCAUCUACGACUUCUACUCUGAUUUCUUCGACAGCCAUGUCCACUUGCCUCCUCACCAUCUGAGAGAAGAUGGACAAGUCAUUCCAGAGGUUCUCCCGUCCGAAACACGACAUGCUAUCAUGUCGGUAAGAAAUCUUACGGCACCCGGUCCCGACAGAAUACAACCAGAACACCUGAAGAACCUUCCGCCAGUACUCAUCAACACCUUGGCGAAACUCUUCACACGUUAUCUGUCGGAAUGCAAGGUUCCUAGACAGUGGAAGACCAGCAAGACGGUGUUGUUGUAUAAAAAGGGAGAUCCACAUGACAUCAGCAACUAUCGUCCAAUCUGCCUACUGUCCGUCAUCUACAAGCUCUUUACAAGAGUAAUCCUUAAUAGGAUUGAAAAAGUCUUGGAUGAAGGACAGCCAUGCGAGCAAGCAGUGUUUCGAAAAGGAUUCAGCACGAUUGACCACAUUCACACUGUUUCGAAACUCAUCGAGGUAUCAUGA